AUGACGCAACAGGGAAGGUAAAGUUCGCUGGUCUUGUCAUCAUCUGUGUUCCGGUCUCCACUGUAGUUACAACUAUAGCGGGCACAUACGGCGGGGAGAUGAAGCGGUUCAUUACCGUUGUGUUGUCGUUUGUGAUGGUGGGACACGUCCAGGCUUGGGAUGGCGGCAGUGUGCUGCUGCGGGAUGUCCAGGUGUUGACACUGUAUAAGGGUCGCUACACCACAGCAGGGCGCUCCAGCCCCGUCCCUCAGCUCCAGUGUGUUGGAGGGUCAGCAGGCUGCCAGGCCUUCAUCCCAGAGGUGGUGCAGUGUCAGAACAAAGGUUGGGAUGGAGUGGAUGUACAGUGGGAGUGUAAGACUGAUAUGGACAAUGCGUACAAGUUUGGAAGGCUGGAGGUGAGCUGUGAGGGCUACAGCCACCCUGCUGAUGCUUACAUACUGAAGGGCUCCUGUGGGCUAGAAUACUCACUGGAACUGACUGAAGAGGGCCGGAGGAGGACACAAGGCAGCUGGGGCUCCCAAAGUGGAUUCAAGGGAUUUGGAGAUCUUGGGGGCUUCGCCUCCAGUUUCUUCAGCGCUUUUUCCGGAAACAAGUAUCAGCAGCAGAGCCAUCAGAGCUCAUACCCCUCGGGCAGCGAGAACUCAGGUGGCCUGCUGGUGGUUGCUGUGCUUCUGCUCUUAGCCUAUGGCGUCUACAAGCUGUUCCUCGUUGGGAACACAGCCCAGUGGGAGCAGGACGGAGGACAGGCUGGGUACCCUAGAGAUAAUCACUACGGCUCCACCGCAGGACCACCACCCCCGGGAUUCAAACCUGACUUCACAGGCUAUCGUGGUGCCAACCCAGGCUACGGUUUCCGUAGUGACUACACCCAUGGACAACAGUACCCAGGAGGCCAAGCUGCUCCCGGCACAGGUGGAGGCUUCUGGACUGGCAUGGGGACAGGUGGAGUGCUGGGGUAUCUAUUUGGCCGUCAAAGAAACCAGCCCUAUAACUACAACCACUCCAGUUACACCAACAGCAGACAUCCUCCUGCUGCAGACUCCUCCUCCUCCUCCUCCUCCUCCUCUUCUUCCUCUGGGACACGCACUGCUUCAGGUUUUGGAGGUACGAAGAGAAGAUAGAAGCUGUGGAAGUGCCCAUAUUCUCCACAGUGGAUGACUCGAGCAGUUUUUAAAGCGGUGCACUCAUGACAGAUGAACUUGGUGUUUGCUGGUGGCAAGUGAAACAUGACAAACGCCUCUCGUGCAGAGAUCAACCUGUCAAACAAUACAAUAAUUUUGCUACUCAGUACUGUGUUCCUCUGGAAUGAUCACUGGCCCUCAUUUAUCAAACGAACGUCAAACGAACGUUUGCCUACGUUUGUGUUUGCGUACGCACGGCAGAAAACCGUGCGUACGACCAUUUCCACGCAAGCUUCGGUAUUUAUCAAUUUGGACGUGAGCGGAAGCUACGAUCAGAUCUCACGUCAGGUCUGAGCUCGUGUACGCAAAUCUGAGUCUGGAUUUGCGGUGCAGCAGCAAAAUCUGGCUGAGUCUGAAAAUAAUUAUUAAACAAACCUCAGCUGUCAUUAGCAUAAACAGUCACAUAUUUAGAACAGAUCAAAACAGAUUCUUAAAACGGAUAAAACAAGAUAAAAAAAAAUUAAUUUUAAAAAAGCCCACGUUUUUUACUGAUACCACUUUUUUGUACAAUAAAACAAUAUGAGAGGCUAAAUAGCCUAACAUGACAUCUAAUUAUUGCACAUUAAAAUUGAAAUAAUAAUAAAUACAAGCAGAAAUGUGUGUUUGCAAAUUAACUCAUGGCAAAAUUGUGUAAUUGUUUUUUGUUUUUUCCGAUGGGUGUGACACAACUGGAACAACAAUUAAAAGCAUCUGGUGAGAUAAUCAUUGUUGCACUGUGGUUGGUCAGAUGUUUACUCACUCCCUUAUUUAAACAGAUGCUUUGACAGUUAUUAAAUCAUAACGAUGGCAGAUUUACUCGUUUUGGAGGAACAAUACGCGCGUGUCAGACGUGAGCGCGUUUUCAGAGACCGCAGGGAUCUCCAGAUUGCUGGGUUUCCAAAUUUGGUUGGAGCUACCAUGCUAUGAACUACCACUCUAUAAAUGUACAGAUGAUUUGUGAUGCCAAGCUAUCGCUUUUAAACGUGGUGGGCAGGUGGCCAGGACACACACACGAUUCUUUUAUUUUUCAAAACAGCUGUGUUGGCGCGCGGCUGCAGGAGGCGGCGCUGCAGAGCCAAACUCAUCUCCGUCACCCUCUUCCACACAGCGGUUUUAUGAGCUCCUUUGACCCCACUCUUCAGACUGCCAAAAAGCACAUCCUUAUUUUGCGCCACCUCGGAUGUCAGGAUGUCGAUCUCCAUCUCUGAAAAGUUUCGUUUUUUGCCAGUAACGCUUCUCUCCAUGUUUGACCUUAGUGGGCGGGGCCUCCGAACCAGGAAUAUUUAAGGGCGUAACAUGUUAAUGACGAUCGAAUUCAGCCGCCGCAUUUAUCAAGACCCGAUCAUUCGUACGCUGGGAUUGGUCAGAUACGAAUGUUUCAUGAAUCACACGUGGAUCCUAUCGUACGACCAAUUCUGCGCUCAGAUCUGCGCCUGUUUUCACGCAAGAUUGAUAAAUGAGGGCCAGUGUGAUUUCAGCUGCAACAGGAUGCUCUUGUUUUUCUGUGAACAUGUGGUUUGAGCUUUUGCCUACAAGCUUCAGCAUUUGGAAGAAUGUGGUUCAUGUGGUUUAAGAAGAGGAUCUUGAUCUUGGAGCUUUUUGUGGGAAGAUUUCAAUUAUUAACAUGUAUUGCAGUAACUUUAACAGGGCAACAAGGAGCAGAUCAAAACGAGGCUAGGGUUAAGGUUGAAAACUGUUGUGGAUCAGCUGUAAACACCCCCUGAUGACAUCAUAGAAACUGUUCACGCCAAAUAAUUUUAAAGGAGCAGCGGCCUCACUCACUCAGUCACAAAUAUUUGGUGAGAGCUGGCUCGUGGCCACAAAUCCCUUUUAUGUUUUUGUGUAAAUCGAUCUGGUUUCAUCAGUGCUUUGCUGUCACUUUCCAUAUCAUUAAAUGAAAUCAGGUUAAAUGUGUACAGAGAUUUGAAAUGUUGUAGUAUACAGUUCUUUUUAGGAAACGUUGCAUGAUAUUUUGGUAACUAGCUAAUAAAGAGACAAUAAAGUGUUUUUUUGAUCCUG